AUGUCCGACAAGGCGGAGGAUUCCACUUCCGCCGAGGCUCAGAUCACCUUCAAGGUCAAGGCCUCGGGCGACAAGAACCACCAGAUCACCAUGCCCGAGGCGGCGACCGUCGGCGAGCUCAAGACCAAGCUUGCCACCGAGCAGUACGAGAAUAUCCCCGUCGAGCGACAGCGCCUUAUCUACUCGGGACGCGUUAUGAAGAACGAGGACACCUUGGCCUCGUACAAGGUCAAGCCAGGCAACACCAUCCACCUUGUCAAGAGCGCAGCCAGCAAUCCUGCCCCGGCCCCGAGCGCCUCCUCCUCCUCCCCCGUCCCUCAGGCUGUGCCAAGCAACAUGGCAGCCGGCACCUCUGCCAACAACCUCCUGGCCGGCCUGACCGGAGCCCGCUUUGCCGGUCAUGCAAAUCUGCCCAGCGCCAAUAUGUUUGGCGCCGAUGGAGGUAUGGGAGCGCCGCCGAGCGAGGACCAGAUGGCAGACAUGCUCUCCAACCCCAACGUCGCCCAAGCCAUGAACGAGGCCCUGAACAACCCUCAGCUGGUCGACGUCAUGAUUCAGACCAACCCCAUGCUGCGGGACAACCCAAACGCUCGCGAGAUCAUCCAGUCGCCCUUCUUCCGCAACAUGCUCACAAACCCGGAAAUGCUACGAGCAGUCGCUCAGAUGCGACGAUCCAUGGGCGGAGGCGCCGGGGGAGAUGCUUUCCCAGCUCCUGGCGCAACAGACACGACACCGGCUGAUGCUGCCGCCGCUGGUGCCGGCGGAGCAAGUAACGCACAACCCCCGCAGUUCCCUUUCAUGAUGCCAGGCAUGUUUGGAGGUCCUGGUGCGGGUGCGGCCGGGGGUGUUGGUGGCGCGGGAGGCCAAGGCGCCAACCCGUUCGCUGCGCUCUUCAACCCCUUUGGCGCAGCAGCUCCAACUGCCCCUCAGACCGGUGCCCAGGCUGAUGGUGCUACUGGCGCUGCUACCGGUGCUACUCAGACGCCUUCCGGCGACAACGCUGCGCAGCGGGAUGCCUCUGCGGCCACCGGCUCGGCACCACCUGGCCAAACCGGCGGCAACUCGCCCUCUCAGCCCCCCAACCCGUUUGCCGGGCUGUUCGGUGCGCCACAGGGCGGCGCUGCGAACCCCUUUGGGAUGACGCCCGAGAUGAUGCAGAACUUCAUGCAGAUGAUGAGAGGUACACCACAAGGAGGCGCCACGAACCCCAACCCCUUGGGGAUGACACCUGAGAUGAUGCAGAAUUUGAUGCAAAAUUUCAUGGGCGGUGCGGCCGAGCCUGCCGCCCCAGCCGACACCCGACCACCCGAGGAGCGCUACGCUGAGCAGCUUAGCCAGCUGAACGAGAUGGGCUUCUACGACUUUGAUCAGAAUGUGGCAGCGCUGCGCCGCAGCGGUGGUAAUGUGCAGGGCGCGGUCAACUUCCUUCUGGGGGGAUAA